UACACGCCGCAUACCAAGCCUUGCACGCCUACUACUACAUCCAUCACAAUAUUUGGCAACUCGACUGCCACUGACAGGGAUAUUGAUAUAGGACCUUCCACGAAAUGGCAGUACUUUCGCUGCCAUUGAGCUUUAACAAUUCGUUCUGGUCCCAGGACUAUCGCAAAGGUCUUGAAGUCCUCUUCCAAAAGCUGGACCAGGGUGUCGCAGAAAAUGAAGAAAUUAUCGCGUUCAUUAGGUCCAGAAUCAUUGCAGAGAGCCAGCUGGCCAUUGCUCUCAUGAAUCCCAUGCUCACAGGCGCACAAGGCACAGGCUUUGACGCUGACGAUGGGGCAUCCCUUCUUAUGACGUUCCGUGGCAUGCAGAGCGAGUCUGCUGCGCAAGGGCAAGCCCACAAGUCAAUUGCAAAGGAACUUGAAACCCUGGUUGUGGACCCCUUUGACGAUUGGGCUCAAAGCUUCAAGGAAAGGCUCAGGCAGAGCAGGCAUAAUGUUAUCGAUAACUGGAUGAAGGCAUACGAACAAUCUCAUGGAGAAGUUGCUAAACUGAAGCACCAGUACCUGUCGAAGACUAGGAAAGCUGACGAGGCUGAGGAUGAUGCGAAAUUUGCACCGAAUUCUAACGGAAUCACGGAUAAUUAUACCACGUCACCUAGAAUACGGCCCACGGAUACUCAUCGCUCGCCACCUCAGCGCACAGCCAGCGUUUCCGAACGUAUUGCUCAAAGGUUGAAAGAGAUUCAGAAGAAGAGUGCUAGCACUCUAUCUGCUGCAUCAGGGGUUGCUUCUCCACUGAGCAAACCUGAAAUUGUCGCUGAGCCUGAGCAGAGACCAGAAAUACCCAAGCUCGACAAAGGAAAGGGCAAGGAAGUUGACAGGUCUAUGUCUCCUCCCCCGCUCGCCGCUUCGCCUCCUCCUAUGUCACCUAUGCUUCCUCCGAGCACAUUUGAAAAACCUCCAUCACCCAUGCCCCCCUUCCCUGAGCCGCCCAUGCUCCUCGCCGGACUUUCUCUUCCGCCGGCUGCGGUGUCUCAAUUGCUCAGCAGAGCUGCAAUUGAGCUUAACCUCCGCCCUGUUAGAGUUCCCUUACUCGGAGAGUAUCAAGAUUGUUUUACUGGAGAAGAAUUUGUCGCUUGGCUGAACGAGAACGUCCAUGGGUUCGGGGGUAGCUUGGACAGAGCCGAAGAGGCGGCUAAAGACUUGACAGAGCGGGACGGCCUCUUGAGGAGAAUAGGCGAAUUCGGGAAUCAGUUCGAACAUUCCGAUGACGCAUUUUACCAAUUUCGUCCCAAGGCAUUUGAUAUCGAAGGCAAAAAUCCCGAUAGUCUCUCCUCUCCGGCAGCUCAAUUGCAGCCUGAGACUCUUUUCAGACGCACAAAUAACUUUGUUAAUCUUGUUAGCAAGGCCCUGAACGCCCAAGCAAAUGGGGAGCCGAUGUAUGUCAGGGCACGGCAUGAGGCUGAAGAGGCCGACAAAGCGUACCGCUUAGCAGUACGGAAGCUUGAUCGCCAGCGAUUAGCUCUCGAGGAAAGAUUGGAAGACACGUUGAAAACUCUUCAGCGCUGGGAGUUGGAGCGACUUCGUGCUGUGAAAACUGUAUUACUUCAAUACCAAGGGACAGUGUCGAAUCUUCCUAAAUCUCUUGAACCUUCAAACAAGAGAUCAAAGACACUCAUUACUGCAUUCCAGCCCGAGUCCGACCUGACGGCGUUGAUUGAGCGAUAUCGCACUGGACCUUUCCGACCGGACGCGCAGAUUUAUGAGUCGGUCGCGCAUGAUGAAUCUGACGUUGUGUUUGGUAUUGAUUUACGCAAAUGGGCCGAAGGCGGCUGGAGCAGCAUCACUUCUGAGGAGGAAAAAAAGGAUCUCGUUCCUCCUGUGUUGACCGCUCUACUCCAAGGUCUCACAGAAGCGUAUACCAGGUUGCCGAGUGAUAAUGAGAAAAGAAAAACUUGGAUAUACGAAGUGCCGUUACCGGCAGUCCACCAUCUCAGAGAGACGUUGAAUGCCGUUCCCCCACAAGAACCUAUACCCGCAGAAAUAUUUACCAAAUAUGAUGCACCAGUCAUUGCUAGCACCAUCAAGCUCUGGCUACUGGAGUUGAGUCCUCCGAUUGCUUUGUACGAGGGAUGGGAGGAAUUCCGGAAACUAUACCCGACUGUCGGCUCGGCUGUGAAAGCUGAAGGCGAGAAUACGGAAGAGCAGCACAUAACCGAACUUAGUACCGCUCUUCAGAAGCUUCCGAGGGUGCACCUAUACGUUCUGGGUGCUGUCAUCAAGCACUUGAAGACGCUUAUUGACUCUACGACCGUCGAAGAAGCUAACGAAGUGUACAUCACGAAACUUGCAUUGUCUAUCAGUCGCACUAUCCUCCGGCCCAGAUACGAGUCUGAAAUAUCAAUUCAAGAUCGGCAUCCAACAUUAUUUUUCAUCGACCUGGUUAAGAACUAUGAUGCUAUCCUGCCUUCCACUAUUGCACGCAAGAAGCGCGAGUCUGAACGCAAAAUACCACUUCGGAAGCGUACAGCGCCGAUUGAUAUGAGGCAAAGUAGAGGAAACAGAAUUUCUGUUGGGGGUGUCAAUCAAUUUUUUGCGCAACAAAAUCUCAAGUCCGUGAAGUCGCCUGAGAAAUCUUCGGAGCCGUUACCUCCCCCUCCUCCUCCACCUGUAUUGGCCAGCCCAUCACCACCACCACCUCUUGAAGAGAAACCGGAACCAGUUGUAGAGGCACCACCGCUGCCCCCUCCGCCUCCACCACCGGCCGCUGUGGACCCAGAUUUGCCCCCUCGUCCUACAUUCAAGGAACCGCCUCCUGAAGACGACGACCUUCCCCCUCGACCGACGUUUAAGGAGCCCCCGCCGGAACCAGAGGAUGAUGCCACACCCCCCAUGCCCAAGUUCGUUGAUCCACCUCCAGAGGAGCCUGAGGCCCCAGCUGGGGAUAUCGUGGCGCCAGCCCAAAGUCCUCCUGCUGCACCCAUCUCUCCUGUCCCCUCAGACGUGAAGCGUCCGAGUUCUUCGAUUUCUAUUAGGUCAAACCAAAGCAAAGUGGGUUCCCGCAGUCCAACACCACCCAAAGAGGAUCCAGCAAAGAUAACGAGGUCGGUUUCGGGUGGAGUAAAAGGACCUAGGGGAGCACGAGGGCCGAGACCCGCAGGUGGUACAGUUUCGAGCAUGGUGUCGAAUUUGAACAGGAACAGCGUAGCAUCAUCGAAUAGGUCCGCGAGUCCGUCGUAUAAGCGGUUGUCGGGAAGUCCGAGUAGGCGACCCUCAAGCGUUCUUGGACGGAGCGCGGCCUUUUCCAGGAGAACCAUGGCUAGCGAUGCGGAGGACGAUGUAGUGGAUAAGAAAUAAGGUUUUGAUAGACUGGUCUCAUUUUGGUUUUUGCUCUGUGGACACUGAUCAUGCUGGUUAUGUACUUUGCUUUCUUUACUCAGUACUUUAUGUUUUAUGGACUUUAUGCACAUGCUAUACUACUUAUGGUGGAGAUCUAUCUAUUUUCUUGCCCCAUCCAACUUGCAAUUCAUUGACUGACUGCUUCAUUUGUUCGCGUCAGGAUUCUGUAACAUCUCUCUGAAACACCACUAACUUUGCUUAGGCUGCUCCCGAACCUUACUGAUAAGUACCCGGUCGACCAUACGGCUCGUCCCAAAAAAAGAACCGGUCACGGGUAUCACCAAACAGGCGCAUACACAAAGUCCUAUAAAGUCCUCGUGGGAAACCAAUUUUUUCUUCAACUCAUUUCAUGGACUCGCACAUUG